AUGGUAUGGGAACAAAAUUCAUAUGUGGUGGUCAUGUUAACAAAAGAACAAGAAAAAGGAUAUAUCAAGUGUACUAAAUAUUGGCCUGAAGAAGUGAAAGAUUCAGUGUUAUUCGAAAAUAUUUGCUUGAGAAUUGAACUGGAAUCCGAAGAAUUGGUCCCCAACGCCACAUGUGUCGUGCGAACAAUCAGAAUGGAAAAGCUGGAAGAUUCUAGAGUUAUUAAAACGAGAAGAAUCACUCAAUUGCAUUUUGUCGGAUGGCCAGAUCAUGGUGUACCGGAUUCACCAGACACUAUUCUUAAUUUAGUCAACAAGGCUAACGAGGUCCAACAACAAUAUAUCGCUAAUGUUGCAAAUUCACAAGUACCUCACGGAAAAGUAGGGCCAAUCAUAGUUCACUGUAGUGCAGGAUGUGGUCGUACGGGUACCUUUUGUACUGUCGAUACGGCGUUGGCUAUGCUACCAAAUUUUAAAGACGACAAGACUGAUUUGAUCAACUUUUUAGUUGGAUAUUUCCGUACUCAACGUAGAACCAUGGUUCAAACCCUUACACAAUUUCAAUAUUGUUAUUUGGCAGUGCUUAGUAAACUUGUCACAAAUCG